GGUCCAUCCGGGAGCCUGGCCCGGCAUCGUCAGCAUCCAGGCCACGCUGGAGAACGGCACGUGGCACAUGUGCUCGGGGGCCCUCAUCCACCCCCAGUGGGUCCUCACGGUGGCCCACUGCUUCUUCAGGCCUGGGAACAUCUCCAGGUGGGAGGUGGUGAUCGGGGCCACGGAUCUCACCCAGCCGGGCCCCGAGGUCGAGCUGCGCCACAUCCGGAGGCUCCUGGUGCACCAGCACUACGUGGCCACCGCGGCCAGGAACAACAUCGCCCUGCUGGAGCUGGCGCAGCCCGUGGAGUGCAGCGACUACAUCCAGCUGGCCUGUGUGCCCGACAGCUCCCUGGCAGUGCCCGAGCUGAAAACCUGCUACAUCGCGGGCUGGAGAGCCGCCCCGGGCAGCGCUCCCGGCCCGCGCCUGGCGCUGCAGGAGGCCAAGGUCCGGCUGAUGGACGCCCAGCUGUGCAACAGCAGCCGCUGGUACGGGGGGGCCCUGCACCCCCAGGACCUGUGCGCGGGGUACCCGCGGGGCGGCAUCGACACCUGCCAGGGGGACAGCGGGGGUCCCCUGGUCUGCAAGGACAACGUCGGUGACUACUUCUGGCUCGUGGGAUUGGCCAGCUGGGGCAGAGGCUGUGCCGGGGCCAAGCGACCUGGGAUCUUCACCUCCACCCAGCACUUCCACACCUGGAUCCAGGUCCAGAUGGGAUUGCUCCCACCAGAAGCAGAUCUUCCUCCUCCAGAGCCCAUCCCAACCCCGGCCCCUCCUCCAGCAGAGCCAGAGCCGGACUACGACUUGAGUGACCUGGAGAAUCCGGAGGAAUCGGAGGAUUUCACGGCCGUUUCAUUCCAACUACAGAUCCUGGGGAAAUUCCUGAACCUGCUGCUGGAGCUCCUGCAGUUCCUGAAGGGAGAGAAAGCCUGAGCAGCGGGACGAGCUGAUCCCGUUCUGGCAACCAUUCCCUGCUGGGGCCGUGGCUGUGGUGCCAAAGGCAGUCCCGGUGCCCGGCGCUGCCGUGUCCUGCUCCUGCCCUGAGCCCACCCCGGCGGUGAAUUCAGUUUGUUCUUGAAAUAGAGUU